UUUCCUCAACCAAGUCAUUACAAACAAAAUUAUUACACGAUAAAUACGUGAAAAUAAAUCUAGUCAAAAACAAUGAUUGUUGUGUUGAAUUGAUUGUUGUGUUGUGUUUUAAUUGACGACAAUGUUGUUGUGUAUAUCAUUUAUAGUUUUUACUGUGUCACCCGCCUUCACACAUGUCCUUUCAGAGACAACGAAUCGAUGCGCCUCAGAUGAGUUCACUUGCCAGGAUGGGGGAUGUGUUCCCCUGAACAGCCUCUGCGACGGUAACAGGGACUGCUUCGAUGGAGCGGAUGAACUCUCUUGUGAUGGCAUAUUGAAUCCACUUCAGAUUGAAGACAUAACUCUUAAUAGAUCUAAGCGUCAAGCUUCAUCUUGUCGGAAAAAUCAGUGGCAAUGCCGUGAUGGUACGUGCAUAGGUUUCGACGGCAAGUGCGAUGGUAUCGUCGACUGUCCCGAUGGCAGUGAUGAAACGCAUGCACUUUGCAGGAAGACCAAAUGUCAAAGCAACUGGUUCCGUUGUACUUACGGUGCAUGCGUCGACGGUACAGCCCCGUGUAAUGGGAUAAAGGAAUGUGCUGAUGAGUCUGAUGAACUUCUGCCACGGUGCCGUAACGAAACUGAUGAAGUGCGUGGUCAAUUCAAAUGUGCGAACGGUCAAACAAUAUCAGCGUUCGAACACUGUGACGGUAUAGCAGAUUGUGCUGACGGUUCCGACGAGACGGUACGCGCAUGCGCAGCCAAGACGUGUGCGUCAUAUCUCUUCCAAUGCGCGUAUGGAGCCUGCGUGGACCGGGGAUCGGAUUGUAACGGGAAACAAGAAUGUGCGGAUGGUUCCGACGAAUCUGACGAACUAUGCAACAGAAUGUCUCCUGGAACUCCGAAACCACCUGUUACUGUAAAACCAAUAGACAUACCUAUACCCCAAGGGGGUAACUGCGUGCUACCUCCAUUCCCUGAAUACGGCACGUACACCAUGGGCGGGAACCCCAACCCGUCUCCAGGACAAAAGUUUCCCAACGUGUUCCUCAAUAUCACUUGCAACCCUGGCUUCGGUGUGGAGAAUGAUAUAAAUUCGUUGUACUGUUUUGAUGGUGUUUGGUCUGAUAUAAUACCUAAAUGUGUUCGUUUCUGUCGUCUUCACAAGCAUGCCAGUGUCGAAUACCGCUGUCGAAUCACUGGCUCCAGCUCUCUGGAGGGUACGAGGGAAUGUGGUAUUCAAGAACCAGCAGGAACUGUCGUCCGUCCAGUUUGCAGAGCACCGAACUAUUACUACUCAGGCAUUUUAGACAAUAUGAAAUGCAUCGAUGGCAGCUGGACCUACAUCGCUGUAUGCAAACCAGAAUGCGGUACUAUCACCCCAGGGGGUGCACAGCUCGUCUUAGGGGGUCAGGUAGCAAAGAGGGGAGAACUACCCUGGCAUGCGGGUAUCUACUCGAAGGAUUUUACUCCAUACAUGCAGAUUUGUGGGGGCUCCCUCAUAAGCACAACAAUUAUAUCUGCGGCCCAUUGCUUUUGGAGUGACACGAACAAGCUGCUGCCGGCUACAAAAUACGCGGUAGCCGUGGGCAAGAUCUACCGGCCCUUCAAUGACCCCCAGGAUUCAGACGCACAGAAGUCCGACGUCGCUAGAAUAAAAGUGCCCUCUCGUUUCCAAGGUUCCGCAGCGAACUUUCAAGACGACAUCGCUCUAGUUAUCGUAGCAACCCCAUUCACUUUUGAAAUCUACAUCCGGCCUGUCUGUGUUGAUUUUGAUGUGAAUUUCGACAGACAGCAGUUAACCGAUAGGAGAUUGGGCAAGGUUGCCGGCUGGGGUCUCGUUGCCGAGAACGGACCAGCCUCCCAGGUGCUGAAGGUGGUUGACUUGCCAUACGUCAAAAUAGAGGAAUGCUUCGCGAUCUCGCCACCAAAUUUCAGGGAGUACAUCACCAGUGACAAGAUAUGCGCUGGAUAUACGAACGGGACCACACUGUGUCAAGGCGACAGCGGCGGCGGGCUCGCGUUUCCUGCGUUAGAGCUGAGCACGCAGCGCUAUUACCUGCGCGGUGUCGUGUCCACCGCGCCGCGAAACGAAGACCUCUGCAACGCGCACACGCUGACCGCCUUCACUCAGAUCAUCAAACAUGAACACUUUAUCAAGGAGUACAUAUAGUUUUUAUAUUUUUAUAAAUAUUAUUACAUUAAAUGAUUUUUUUUA